UCCCUGUCUAAUCCCUGCCAGAGGAUGGGGAUCCCUGCUGUGGCUGACAACCUCAGCCAGCAUGUUCGGCGCGAACAUGGUCUCAGCACGUCCUGCCUCGACAAUGCGGAAUGGCUUCCUGUCAGACCGUGCAGAUGAGGGCCGCAGGCCUACCACGAUUUCAUCCGCAGCUGAGCUGCUCAAAAUCCUCUAAAUAAGAAAAUGGCCACCCUUAUUCCCAAUCCAAUUCUCAGUCUCAUUCCCAUCUCUCUCUCCUCAUAUUUACGGGCUUUACUUGGAAUAUUCAUCGAUUCCAUACCAAAUAUACUGCCAUAUACCCCAUUCAAGUCGUCAAAAUCUUGCCUACACCUCUCAAAACUCUCAACAGGUUAAUCAACCAAGUAUUUGAGCACUGGUGUUGUCGCCAAACAACAACCAAACGAUGGCUUCUCAGCUAUUCGACCGCAUGGUCGCCAGUCUGCCUCAUCUGGUGACCCGGUCCAACGACUUCGAGCCGUACAACUACACAAGCAAGAACGGCCAUGUGUGCGCCAUGCCCCGGCCCCUCACCAACACCGAGACCGCCAAGCUGGCCGGCGGCUACGACUUCUUCACAAUCAGCAAGAUCAUCACCGGCGCCUGCGCAUGCUUCGUCCUCCUCAGCCUCUUCGUGCUCAUGUUCAGGCACGCCACGCACCUGUCGAGGCCCAACGAACAGCUCAACAUCCUCAGGAUCUGCUGCUACCUGCCCGUCUUCGCCAUCGGCUGCUUCCUCGAGGUCUCCUUCCCUAACGCUUACGUCUACAUCAACCCGUGGCUCGACUUUGUCCAGUCUAUUGCCUUGUGCAACUUCUUCCUGCUCAUGUGCCAGUUCGUCUCCCCCUCGGAUCAGCAUCGUGAGGUCUUCUUCGCCGCCCUCAAGGUUCCGCAGAAGAAGAAGAAGAGCAACGCAGGCCGGCGGGCACGGGGCCGCCGCGGUGACUUUGGCCCUCAGCCCGAGGUCGAGGAGGAGCCCAUCAAUGGUCUGGAGUGGUAUCGCAAGAUGUGGAUGCUCAUCUUCCAGUACCCUGUUGUCCAGGCACUGGUUGCUAUCUUCACUGCCAUCUUCGAGUCACAAGGUGUCUACUGCCUUGUAAGCAGCAAGCCCUACUUUGGACAUCUCUGGCUUGAUAUCAUCCACAACGUCAGCUUGACACUGGCUAUCAUGUCCUGUCUCAGGCUCUACGGUGCCCUUAAGGGGCGUCUGGCGCACCACAAGCCCCUCGCUAAGCUGGGCGCGUUCAAGUUACUUGUUGCCAUCACUGGUAUCAUCCAGCUCAUCUACUGGGUCCUUCGAUCCAUCACUCCCUCGCCCCUCAAGCCGACAGCCUACUUCUCCUGGUCCGACGACUUCAUCGGCAUCCCCGUCAUGGUGAUGGCACUCCUCACCGUCCCCUUCUCCAUCUUCUUCCACUUCGCCUACGACGUGAAGCCAUACUACCUCGAGAACACCGGCAAGCACAUGCCCCUCGCCCAGGCCGACCUCGAGUCCGGGUCCACCGGCUCUGGCGCCGGUUCACCUGGCCCCCACGCAAAGCCCGCGGGGCCUUACACCGCUGUGGGUGCCGCGGGGACGAGAUACCAGGGUGGGUUCCUCGGUAUCUGGGCCUGGCUCGGCAUGCUCAACCCCAGCGAGCUCAUUUCGGGGUUCAUUUUUGGGUUUACUAUGCUUAGCAAGGAGAACCGCAAGGUUGGUAUCAACACUGUCCGCAGGGCUCAGACUGGGGAAUUUGGUCAGGCUUGAGGGAUCAACGUAUAUGAAGUGAUGGGAUUUCUGGGACAGGUCAGGUCCUGUAUGAGCUUUGGAGGAAGUGCACGAUUUGUGUGCUGAUGUUUGGGAUUCUCCCUAUUACAAUAUUUGGUGGAUACCUUCAGAAAGUAAAACGGUCUGGCGUUUGGAUUGCUUGGUAUUUGCUUUCACCAGGCAGCACUGACUGUCCGAUGAUACGAGGUGCUCUGCUGGGUAUUAACUUGCGUAUGUGUCUGACAGAAUGUCUUAGUUGAUCAUACCCCCUUCAAGCGAUAACUAGAUUAUGCUAGCCUAUAUGAAUAUCACGAUUUUGAGAUUCAAGAAA